UUGUGCAUCCACCAUGACCGAUGCGUCGGAGUACAUGGUGUGCAGCACUGGCUUGUCCAUGGAAGAGAUCAUCGUGUCCAAGUCCAUCGUGUCGCAACUCGGCAUGCGCUGGGACGAUGACCUUCACGACGGCGUCACGCACCUGCUGGCUGUAGUGGUAGGCUCCGACAAGUACAAAGCUGCCAAGGCUGCCAAGAUGAAAGUGGUCAAGUUGGAUUGGCUCAAAGAGUGUUCCCGUGCGGCCAAGGUCGUGCCGGCGGACCAGUACGAACUCGGGCCGUUGGAAGGGUUGUGCAUUUGCACGACAGGAUUGUACGUGGAAGACCGGGAAAAGGUCCAGGAACUGUGCGAAGCAGCUGGUGGCAUCUACCACCCGGACCUGAACUUUGGUUCCACGACGCAUUUGCUUGCAGAACAACCCGAAGGCGCCAAGUACAACACCGCCAUCGCAUAUGGCAUACCUGUGGUCACGUUGGAUUGGAUCGUGGCCUGCAUCGAAGCCCAAGAAUACAAGGACGAAGACGCGUAUCGACUGCUUGAGGACCAUCUUCAUCCAUCUGAGACAUCGUUCCACGGCGAUGACGGCAUCGACGACGUAGGCGCUACCUGCUUGAAACUCAACGACCAGUUGCAACAGUGCUUGACCAUGCUCGAUGGCGAGCCUGCAGGGUGCUUUUUGGACGGGUGUGUGUUUUGGCUCACGGGGUUCCCGCCCGAGAUUAUGCUCAAGCUCAAAACGCUCAUUCGAUUUGGCAUGGGUACUCGCUACGACAAUUACAACACCACCGUCACGCACGUCAUUGCCGAUUACAUGGGAUCGUGCUCGCAAUUGUACGACGCGCACGGAAACAUUGAAGUGGUCGCGGCCGGUUGGCUCAUCCACUCGUGCUUGGCGGCGUCGUGCCUCCCGGAAGCCCAGUACCCGCCGCCGCAUAUGCAAACAGACUACACCGCCAUCCAUACAACCACAGUAGCACCCCCGGCACUCCACUCGCACAAACCACGGCGCCAUACUAAUGUGAAUGACAUCAACAACAAGCCAACUCCAACGUCGUUGGCGGAUAAAUUACAAUUAGCUGCCCAUCAAAACAGCAGCAGCGUCGACCCAGCCAAGUCCACGAGCGAGCGUCAUCCCAAGCUUCUGUUUUCAGGCCACAUGUUCCUCUUGGUGUUUACCGACGCGUUGGGGUCGACGGGGACAAACCAUCUCGCGCUCAAGACGCACAUCAAGGGCGUGGGCGGGCGGUAUCGGGAGCUUAACACGACGGACCCGCGCAUCCUCCAGCCGACGGACGUCCUCCGCAUCACGCACAUCGUGCUCGGCCACGGCUGCGACCUCCCCGACGGCAUGCUUCCGUCGCUGGUCGCGUCCAUGCCUCGCGCCAAGCUCGUGACCGAAUUGUGGCUCCACUGCUGUCUUCAAGACGGAUGCAUCUACCCACGUCGAAAGCAUCCGCUGUUUGUGUGUCAGCCAGAUACCCGCGCCAGUAUGUUUCCGGUCCUUCCGUUGGCGUGUUUUGCAUCCAUGCGCGCAUGUAUUUCGAUGUUUGUCGACGUCGAGCGCGCCGUGAUGGCGUGUCUGCUGCGGUUGACUGGCGCGGCGCUCACGACCAAACUGUCCAAGCGCAACACCCACCUCGUGUGUCGGACCCCCCAAGGGCCAAAAUACACCAAGGCAGUGGAAUGGAAUGUGCGCAUUGUGGACGCCAACUGGCUCAUUGCGAGUGUGAGCGCGUCGGCUUUUGCCGCGUACCCGACGGACGCCAAGAAGCGGAAGCUGGAUGCGAUCGAAGGAGGACAUGUGGAAGUUGCUCACGAACGACCUCAGCAACCAAUGGAUCCGUUGCGCCAAGACGACGCCGACGUAGGCGGGGCGCAGACGCAGCUCGAAAACUUGCUGGGGGACAUGGGCGGCGACGCCGAGUCGUGUUCAUUGGACACUCGAUACCAUGUGGUUCAUAGUGUGGAUGCCCCCAGCGACAAAGCCACCACCGCCGCCAGUCGAUUGUUCUUUGAGGACUCGCAGGCCCCAGCCCCGAAUUCUGAAAUGGUUCAAUAUCAAGACGAUUAAGCAAACAACAAAAAUAUAUCUCCACAUGGGGGGGUUUAGAAUAUAUUAGAAUAAUAUUACUACUGUAGCACAUACGACAAGCCCGUGUGGUGGGUGGGUGGCGGGGUUGGAGAAAUAACAAUACUUUUUUAGACUCGUGGGGGAUAUUAUAACGACGCCAUUUCCGGAAAAAUCACACUUCGUAACCGGUCGCCAAACCCUUCAUGCGAUACGGUGAUGCCGCCGUCGGCGCUGCAGCACGGCACCCGCGCCCCACACGGCGCACUGCGCACGUUGACUUUUUCAUUCUACGCAUCAAGUACCAUCUCACCAUGUCACACAUCUGAAGCCACCCACACAUUACAAUCAUUCCAUGUAUAUAUAUAUAAAUAUACAAGCGAGCGUACAAAUACAUACAAAUCC